AUGGCCACGAGGAUACCCCACGUGCUGGAGAGCUACCUCGCCCUCCCGGCCGAAUGCGCCCAGAUCCUCCUGACCAGCGUCCUCGGCGCCAGCACAAACUGGCUCGUCCUGCGCUACCUGUACUCCUACCUCCGAAAACCCGCCGCCACCGAGGAACCGUCGCCGACGGAGGACGUCCGCGUGGUCUUUGUGAGCUUCAUGAGAGAUUUCGCGUUCUGGAAGGAGGGCGCCGGUAGACUGGGUCUCGACCUCGAGGGGUUGGGACGAAGUGGCAAGUUCGUCUUCGUUGACGGGCUGAGCGGGUUGUUUUCAAAGGACAAGGCCGCGCAGCCGGCAGUCAAGGGUCGGAGAGUCCUCCGCGGGGCGAAGCUGCUGGACAUCCAGCGCCAGCUCGAGGGGGCGAUUGUGGAUGUAUCCGCCGCGGAUGCGAAGACGGUAUUGAUUCUGGACCAGCCGGACCUCCUCGUCGCUGCCUCUGGCGAGGAUCUCACUGGCCUCGCGUUUAGGAAUAUGCUGCUCGACGUGCAAGAGAAAGUACAUGCAACCAUCACCACCAUCGCGGCAGACGAACCUCUCGUGGCGCCACAAGCUACAACGCUGGAGAAGGAACACGCGAGCCUCGUCCUCGGGCUGGCGCACGCCGCGGAGAUGGUUAUUAGUCUCAGACUCUUGGACACGGGCAACGCGAGCGACGUCAGUGGAGUGCUGAGGAUCACGGCCGGAGGGGACGGCAACGGGGAGAGGGCAGUAGAGGAGACGGAAUUGUUGUACUUCGUCGGCGGGGAUGGGAGUGUCAAAGUAUUUGGAAGGGGGCAGUAA